AAAGGGGAAACACGCAAGUCGACGUGGAACUGCAGUUCAACGUGUCGGCACCGGCAGAAGCUAUCCCCGCAGCAGACGUGGUCACAGAAGUAUUGGUCGAAGCUGCGAAUAAUCCCGAUAACCCCUUCAACAUCACCCUUGAUCCAGACUCAAUUGUAGCCAGUUCAAAUCCAUCGACAACCACUCAAGGACCAACAUCGUCCCUUGGCUUAACAACACGGGGUUCACCUUCGGCAACGACCCAAGGCGAAACAACACCCGCCAUCUCCGUUCCCCCACCGACUGUGUUUGUGGAAGCCACUUUGUUGGAACCUUUUGUGGAAGCCUUGAACGAUCCCAGCAGCGAUCAAUACAUCGAACUUGAAACACAAGUGGUGUCAAUGUGUGACCAGAUACUCUUGCAAGAAUUUGGAAUCAUCUUCAUCCGUACGAUCGUUACAGGAUUUAGUCCACAACAGGGAAACACAAAAGUGGAAAUGGCCCUGGAGUUCAACAAUUCAGUACCAAAUGAUCAUGUGCCAGAAGCUGACAUGGUCGUUGAGACAUUGAUUCAAGCUGUGAAUAGUACUAACAAUUUCCCGCUCAGUUUUAUUCCAGACUCAAUUGCAGUCAUUUCUGAAGAAACUACAACAACUGAUGGACAAUCACGUACACAUGCACCAAUUAUCACUGAUGUCCCUGCCACUCAACAGCCAACCAUCACCCAUGGGCUAACCAUCACUGAUGUUCUGACAACUGUUGUUCCAACCAGCACCCACAUCCUUACAACUCAAGGGCCAACUACCAUUAAUGGGCCAACCACUACCCGUGUCCCUGCAACUCAAAGGCCAACCACCACUCAUGGGCCACCACUCAGUCUUGGGCCAACCAUCACCCAUGUCCCAACAAAUCAAGAGCCAACCACUACUCAUGGGUCAACUACCACCGAUGUCCCUGCAACUCAAGAGCCAAACCCCACUGAUGGGCCAACCCCCACUGAUGGGCCGACCUCCACCGAUGUCCUUACAACUCAAGGGUCAACCACUACCCAUGUCCCUUCAACUCAAGCGUCAACCACCAGUCGUGUCCCUGCAACACUAGGGCCGACCACCACCGAUGUCCCUGCAACUCAAGAGCCAACUACCACUCAUGGGCCAACCCCCCCUGUCCCUACAACCCAAGGGCCAACCACCACUCAUGUCCCUCCAACACUGGGGCCGACUACCCCCCCUGUACCUCCAACUCAAGGGCCAACCACGACUCAUAUUCCUGCAACACUAGGGCCGACCACCACCCAUGUCCCUGCAACACAAGGGUCGACCACCACCCAUGUUCCUGCAACUCAAGGGCCAACUACCACUCAUGGGCCAAUCACCCUCACUGUCCCUACAACUCAAGAGUCAAUCACGACCCAUGUCCCUACAACUCAAGGGCCAACCACCAAUCGUGUCCCUACAACACUAGGGCCGACCACCACCCAUGUACCUGCAACUGAAGGGCCAACUACCACUCAUGGGUCAACACCUGCUGUCCCUACAACCCAAGGACCAACCACCACUCGUGUCCCUGCAACACUAGGGCCGACUACACCUCCUGUCCCUCCAACUCAAGGGCCAAUUGCUACCCCUGUCCCAACAACUCAAGGGCCAACCACCAAUCGUGUCCCUACAACACUAGGGCCGACCACCACCCAUGUACCUGCAACUGAAGGGCCAACUACCACUCAUGGGUCAACACCUGCUGUCCCUACAACCCAAGGACCAACCACCACUCGUGUCCCUGCAACACUAGGGCCGACUACACCUCCUGUCCCUCCAACUCAAGGCCCAAUUGCUACCCCUGUCCCAACAACUCAAGGGCCAAUUACUUCCCAUGUCCCUGUAUCUCAAGGGCCAACCACAAUUCAUGGGCCAACUACUACUCACGUUCCUACAAUUAAGGUGCCAACUACGACUCAAAGGCCAACCCCCACUGAUGGGCGAACCACCACUCAUGCACCUGCAACUCAAGGGCCAACUGUUCCAAAUCCAACAACUAUCACAGUGGUCCCCACAUCUCCACCAGCGGUUGUUGUGCUGUCAGCAACUUUGGAGGAACCGUUUGUGGAAGAAUUCAAUAACGUCAACAGUGCAGCGUAUUUAGCUCUUGAAAACAGAGUUGUCACAUCAUGCAACGUCAUCUACAGGGAGAGAUUUGGUUUUAUCUUCAUCCGCACCUUCGUCAUUCGGAUUAUCCGUGCUAUAGUGUUGACGCGAAUGGAAAACACGCAAGUGGACGUCGGACUGGAGUUCAGGAACACGUCUUCGACUCCAGUGGAUGAGGUUGUCGUUGCCACCUUAGAGGAAACCCUUAGUGAGCCCAACAAUACAUUCAACAUCAGCCUUGUCGCCGAAAGCAUUCAAGUUAUUCAAUCUCCACACAAAACAAAUUUGACGACAACAAAACCCAACACCACUGCGGCUCUAGCAACGACGGCCACCAAGAAUCCCAUUACGAGUGCCACAUCACUCACCACGCGGACAUUGAGGUUUACGUCCGUCGGCGAGACUUUCACAAAUGACUUGCUCGAUCAGUCGACUGCCGCGUUUAUCAGCCGAGCAGCGCUCAUCAAGAUGACGCUGGAACCACUCUACACAGUCACAUUUUCUUCAUUUAAUGACCUGUCAGUCACGUCAUUCAGUAAAGGCUCCAUUAUCAACAACAUGAACCUGAGGUUCACAUCAAGCUUGGUGCCCAGCAAUAAUGUCAUUGGUCAAGUUUUAAUCAAAGCCGCACCCAACAUCACAGCCUUCAACGUGGACACCUCAUCCAUUUUUGUGGAUGGCAUAUUGAUUUCAAGCGGAGCGAGCCAUAAGAUGAGCCUCAUCACCGCAUCUGCUGUGGUGCUGUUAUCAUGGUUACUGACGAGCAACCAAUAGCAUCUUUGCAUGGGUUGGCCAAAUAAGGGGUUUGUGUGUGUGUGUGUGUGGGGGGGGGGGGGGGUGAAAAUGAGUCUCUGUGGAUCGCCAUAUCAUGAAGUUAUAUGCAUAUGACUAUGUUGUAUGAUAUAAUUUCUGGAAGUUUAUAACUCUGUAUAUGAAUUAAACUCUUUAUACACUGUUUGAAAAUGAUAGCAUUUGCACACUGUAUAGAAAUAAAAGCCUUUAGACAUGCUGUAAAAAUAAAAUAAAAUAAAGCCUGUAGACAAAUUCAAAUGAAA